AUGCCCAUCUACCUCAGCGAGAACAUCUUCUCCCUUGUCCAGGUCGACUUACUCGCUGCAGCGCGUGCCGAGCAUCCGCGAGUCUUCGAGAACCUAAAACAGAUUCGCAAUCUCGAGCUCGUCUUCGACAGCCGCGACUACAUCUACAUGGCGCAGUUUUUCUCGCGGGAGCUACCAGGCAUCGCAGGCGUGGUCCAAGAGACAACUGCUCCGUCUCGACACAAACGCAAAGUGAUCGAGGACCUGGGCGGGAUCCACGCUGACCUCGACAUUCCUGGGAUCUAUCAAUCCGAAUCUGAGUCGGAAACGGAGGAGUCGCCCGUGGAGACGGAGGAGGUGCACGAGCAGCACAUCGAGAACAUGAAAGAGUACCUUUGGGGGCGGACGAUGUGUUUCGUGCGGCAGACUUUCCAGCUGUCGAACCUCUACAUUGAUCUACGCCGAUGUACCUGCAUUCAGGGUUGCUGUCGUCUAGCUAUGGAGGUGCUGGAUUGGGGUUGGCUCCAUGUUUGGAUUCAUGGUAUGCCGAGUGAGAUUCAUGUGAGAGGCACCUCGAGACGGGAGAAGGCGAUCAUUGUCCAGUUGUUUGAUAAGCAGCGAUACCAUGCGGGAUUAUGUGAAGAGGAACUCUUCGACCAGGGCAGAGCUGAGACCAAGAGCUGGGAAGUAUACAGCGGUGUGUUCCGAAAGGUCCAUCAAGGAUUGCUAGAGCAGUAG